UGUAACUUCUAUGAUAAAAGAUUUGGACUGGGAACCCCUGGCCUCUCGCCACAAACAAGCUCGCUUAUGCACAAUGUACAAAAAUUUCAAAUCACAUCAUUCAUGUUAAUUAGUCUAAGUACUUGACUCCAGCAACAGAAACUCGGACUCAUGGAUCGCCUGGUUUUAAAUAUUUUUUUGAACAUACAAGUAGAACAGUGAGGGAAUGGAAAAGCCUCCCUUCUGACAUUGUAUCUGCCAAAUCUUUAGACAUUAUUAAGAACAUGUUAAGUGGUUACUUACGAGGAGAUUAG